CGUCUCAUCUUCAAAGGCAGCGUUGAUGAAAGACGCAUCGUGUCUGCAGCUGCCGCCGCAUAGCAUUAUAGCGGUGCAACAUUUUCACACUUAAUAUACAUAGUGUGCAUGCCUUCAAGACAUUCAGACAGGGAUAGCGAGUGUGGAAAGAUCUGACUGCAUGCUGAUCUCUGGCUCUGCGGGUUCCCCUCCGUCGCCGUGAGAGGCCAGGAAGACUCGGCUCUCCGAGGGCCAUGGCUGGCUUUGUAGAAGCGCUGCCUCGCGACCUGCUGCCGCACGACUGCAGCUGCCUCUGACGGCCCUGUCGCCUUUUUUAUGGGAGCGACCGUCGUGCGAGCGCUCGUGAGGAUUUAAGCUUUUCUGGGACACUUUUUUUUUUUUUUUUUUUUUAUUAGAAGGGGGGGGGAUUUGUUUUUUUUCACCCCCACGGUUAACUCCGAGGUUUACUUUAGUGGGAGAUAGCGAGACAAUGGCGAACAACUCAUACAGCGGUGUGAAGAACUCCAUCGUGGAGGCCAACCACGAUGCCGACUUUGGCUGCACGCUCAAAGAACUGCGCUCCCUCAUGGAACUGCGAGGCGCCGAGGGCCUGAACAAAAUUGGGGAAUCUUACGGGGACGUUCACGGCCUCUGCGACCGCUUAAAAACCUCGCCUGUGGACGGACUUAGCGGGCAGCCGGCAGACAUCGAGAAGCGGAAAACAGUGUUUGGGCAAAAUUUGAUACCGCCCAAAAAGCCCAAAACGUUCUUGCAAUUAGUGUGGGAGGCACUGCAGGAUGUCACGCUGAUUAUCCUGGAAGUGGCAGCCAUAGUUUCACUUGGCCUUUCUUUUUAUAGACCUCAAGAUGCCGAAAGAGAAGACUGCGGCAAGGCUGCGGGCGGUGCGGAGGACGAGAACGAGGCGGAGGCAGGCUGGAUCGAGGGCGCCGCCAUCCUGCUGUCGGUCAUCUGCGUGGUGCUGGUGACGGCGUUCAACGACUGGAGCAAAGAGAAGCAGUUCCGAGGCCUCCAGAGCCGCAUCGAGCAGGAGCAGAAGUUCACCGUGGUCCGCGGCGGGCAGGUCAUCCAGAUCCCCGUGGCGGAGAUAGUCGUCGGUGACGUUGCACAAAUAAAAUAUGGGGACCUUUUGCCCACCGAUGGUCUCCUCAUCCAAGGCAACGAUUUGAAGAUCGACGAGAGCUCCCUCACGGGGGAGUCGGACCAUGUCAAGAAGACGCAAGCAAGAGAUCUGAUGCUGUUAUCAGGCACCCACGUGAUGGAGGGCUCGGGGAAAAUGGUGGUCACGGCAGUCGGCGUCAAUUCUCAAACUGGAAUUAUUUUCACGCUGCUCGGUGCCGCCGAGGACGAGGACGACGACGACGACGACGAAAAGAAGGAAAAAGAGGAGAAGAAGAAACAGAGGAAAAACAAGAAGCAGGAUGGCUCCAUUGAAAAUCGGAAGAAAGCAAAAGCACAGGACGGCGCCGCCAUGGAGAUGCAACCUCUGAACAGCGACGAGGGAGCGGACACGGAGGAGAAGAAGAAAGCCAACCUGCCAAAGAAAGAGAAGUCUGUCCUCCAGGGCAAGCUGACCAAACUCGCCGUGCAAAUCGGCAAAGCAGGAUUGGUGAUGUCGGCCAUCACGGUGAUCAUCCUGGUGGUGCUGUUUGUGGUCGACACCUUUUGGAUCCAAAAUCUGCCCUGGGUCAAGGCCUGCACGCCCAUCUACAUUCAGUUCUUUGUCAAAUUCUUCAUCAUCGGCGUCACCGUGCUGGUGGUGGCCGUCCCCGAAGGCCUCCCGCUCGCCGUCACCAUUUCCCUGGCGUACUCUGUCAAGAAAAUGAUGAAAGACAACAACCUGGUGCGCCACCUGGACGCUUGCGAGACCAUGGGUAACGCCACGGCCAUCUGCUCGGACAAGACCGGGACGCUCACCAUGAACCGCAUGACGGUGGUGCAGGCAUACGUGGCCGAGAAACACUACAAGAAGGUGCCGGACCCGGAGAACAUCCCCGCCUCCAUUUUAGAUUUCCUGAUUCUGGGGAUCGCCGUCAACUGCGCCUACACGACCAAGAUCAUGCCUCCAGAGAAAGAAGGGGGCCUGCCUCGGCAAGUGGGGAACAAGACCGAAUGUGCCUUGCUGGGAUUUUCUACUGACCUCAAGCGCGAUUACCAGACCAUUCGCAACGAGAUCCCCGAGGAGAAGCUGCACAAGGUGUACACUUUCAACUCCGUGCGCAAGUCCAUGAGCACGGUGCUGAAGAUGGCCGACGGCAGCUUCCGGAUGUUCAGCAAGGGCGCCUCAGAAAUCCUCCUCAAAAAGUGCUAUAAAAUCCUGACAGCGUCUGGCGAGUCAAAGGUGUUUCGCCCGCGAGACCGUGACGACAUGGUGAAGAAAGUGAUCGAGCCCAUGGCCUCGGAAGGCUUGAGGACCAUCUGCCUUGCGUACCGAGAUUUUACCGUGACGGACGGCGAGCCCGACUGGGACAACGAACACGACAUCCUGACCGGGCUCACUUGCAUUUGCGUGGUGGGCAUCGAAGACCCAGUGAGGCUCGAGGUCCCGGACGCCAUCAGAAAGUGCCAGCGCGCAGGCAUCACGGUACGGAUGGUGACGGGCGACAAUAUCAACACGGCGCGCGCCAUCGCCAGCAAGUGCGGCAUCCUGCAGCCCGGAGACGACUUCAUCUGCUUGGAGGGCAAAGAGUUUAACCGACGGAUACGCAACGAAAAGGGAGAGAUCGAGCAAGAGCGCAUUGACAAGAUCUGGCCCAAACUACGAGUGCUGGCUCGUUCUUCCCCAACUGACAAGCAUACUUUAGUCAAAGGUAUUAUUGACAGCACCGUGGUCGAGCAGAGGCAAGUUGUCGCCGUCACAGGGGAUGGCACCAACGACGGUCCCGCCUUGAAGAAAGCCGACGUGGGCUUUGCCAUGGGUAUCGCCGGAACCGACGUGGCCAAGGAGGCGUCGGACAUCAUCCUGACCGAUGACAACUUCUCCAGCAUCGUCAAGGCCGUCAUGUGGGGACGCAACGUGUACGACAGCAUUUCCAAAUUCCUGCAAUUUCAACUUACCGUCAACGUGGUGGCCGUUAUCGUGGCGUUUACGGGCGCCUGCAUCACACAGGACUCUCCACUGAAGGCGGUGCAGAUGUUGUGGGUCAACCUGAUCAUGGACACCUUCGCCUCACUGGCGCUGGCCACAGAGCCGCCCACAGAAGCCCUGCUUCUCAGGAAGCCAUAUGGCCGCAAUAAGCCUCUCAUCUCUCGCACCAUGAUGAAGAACAUUCUGGGCCAGGGCGUGUACCAGCUGGUCAUCAUCUUCACGCUGCUCUUCGCCGGAGAGAAGAUGUUCGACAUCGACAACGGGAGGAAGGCGCCCCUCCGAGCACCGCCGUCGGAACACUACACCAUCGUCUUCAACACCUUCGUCCUGAUGCAGCUGUUCAACGAGAUCAACGCCCGCAAGAUCCACGGCGAACGCAACGUCUUCGAGGGCAUCUUCAACAACCUCAUCUUCUGCAGCAUCGUCUUCGGGACCUUCAUCAUCCAGAUCGUCAUCGUGCAGUUUGGAGGGAAGCCGUUCAGCUGCGUGGCACUCACCAUCGACCAGUGGCUCUGGUGCACUUUCCUGGGCUUUGGCUCGCUGCUGUGGGGCCAGGUCAUCUCCUCGAUACCCACCAGCCGCUUAAAGUUCCUGAAGACGGCGGGCCACGGCACGCAGAAGGAGGAGAUCCCCGACGAGGAGCUGGAGGAGCUGGACGACAUGGAGGAGAUCGACCACGCCGAGCGCGAGCUCCGUCGCGGCCAGAUCCUCUGGUUCCGCGGCCUCAACCGCAUCCAGACUCAGAUGGAUGUAGUGAGUGCGUUCCAGAGCGGAACUUCCUUACAGGGGGCUCUGAGGCGGCAGGCCUCCAACUCCAGCCAGCAGCAGCACGAUAUCCGUGUGGUGAACGCAUUCCGCAGCUCCAUCUCCCUCUAUGAGGGCCUGGAGAAGCCCGAGUCGCGGAGCUCCAUCCACAACUUCAUGACCCACCCGGAGUUUCGGAUAGAGGACUCGGAGCCGCAUAUUCCCCUCAUAGACGAUACGGACGCCGAGGACGACCCACCCACCAAGCGCGACUCGGCCAGCCCUCGCAACGCCUCCCCUGCGCCGCCAUCGCCAGCCAGCACCGCCCCGCCUUUCCCCAGCCCCGCCCUCAGCGCCGCCUCCCCGAACCAGAACAAUAACGCUGUGGAGAGCAGCAACCACCUCCUCCCGGAGGCCACCAAAGCGGGCGAGCCCCCCGUGCCGGGCAGCCCCCUACACAGCCUGGAGACCUCCCUUUGAUCGCAAAGCACGCCCACCUCCCUGAAAGGCACCUUACCACUUUUCUACACCGGGGGGGGGGAAGCGAACUGGGGAGCUGUGCUGGGCGGGGCUGGACGAACAUUGGGAGGAAUGUAAACGACUUGUGUGGAUGCUUUGAUUUUCUUCUUCUUCUUUGCUUCUUAAACCACGUUAAGACUCCACCCGACCCCCUGCCACCGCCCCCACCUUUGGUUUGUCUGGCUGGACAAAGCCGUGAUUAUAAACUCUUGAUUGAAAGUGACCUGUUUUUCUUAUUCUAUUCUUCUUAUUAUUAUUAUUAUUUCAAUUGCGACAACGAGUAAGAGGAGGAGGAGGUCCUCGCGACUUGAAGACGACAGAACCUUUUUGCUUCUUUUUAAUCUCGAUGGUGUUGUAUAUUUAGCUCUUUGGCCCUCGCUCGCAAAAAAACAAAACUAUUUCUGCUCCAUUUGGCUGUUAAUAUUUUGACUUAUUUAUGUUCAUGGAGGAUAGAAAGCAGGUCUGUUUACAAAGUUUGUAGAUACUUUUUUUCUGUUUGUAGGCAAAAGAGCUUCCUGAUGUAUGAUGCAGAAAACGGGACAGAUUUAAAAAAAAAAAAAAAAAAACAACUGAGAAGAUUAUUUCAGAUACUGCUGUAUUUUCAGGAAAAAAAAGGUGUUUCUAUUGAAACUUACGUAUUUUUGCCUGCAAGUUUUAUUUGUUAUAUAUUUGUAGAUAAACAUAGAAACGUCUAGCCAAACCAAUAAACACUAAGUCUUGUAUAGAGAGGAGGUCCGCCUGGCCUGGCCCCCGAUGAUGUGUUUUGGGGCAUCGCUAUAAAUAUUUACUCUAUAGUUUCCACGUGCACAAAAGCUUCCGGGGAAAAAAAAAAAUCCUCGUUUUCAUCUGUUACCUUGUGUUCAAAGAUUUCCACGUGUUGAAAGCUUCUCACCACAACAAAAAAAAAGGGAGUUCACGGGGCUCAUAUUUAGCACACAUUCAGAACAAGCUGACACACUUUUACACUUAUAUUUGCACAAAAAGGAACAACACAACUUGCAUUCAAUUGAGACUAAAUUAGCCAGUGAAUGUGCCUUGGCUCGAGUCACCGUUCAAGCUUGAUCAACCCUGCGGAUGCUUGCUAAAUAUAGACCCCCCCUCGUUUUUAGUUCUUUAUAUUUGUGUACUUAACAUUUUUAGUGUUUCUCAGCCCCCUUCACAGAUGCAACUUCUAAAAUGUUCUGUCCCUCCCAACGCAUAGACACACAGAAGAACCAUUUUUGGACACCUGACGUACUGGAAACACUAUAAAGGAUCUGUAUAUUUUUUCUUUUUUUCCCUUUUUGUUUUUUAAGAAUAAAGACAAGGCAAACACUGGUAUCUAUCUGCACAGGGUACUUUAUUUCCGAGCAAGAGUUUUGAUACAGAAACAACAAAUGUACCUUUGUAUUUUUAUGACGAUAAACUGAUUUAUUGAGCUUUCACCGUGCUCACGAGACAGUUUGGAGGAUUUGACAGUGCGGAGAGGCCACUCAAAUGUGUGUGUUCUGAAACAUUCAUCUCAGGGUGUGAGGGAGAGAGAACAGGCCUCUUUUUUUUCUUCUUUUUUUCUUUCUUCUCGCUUUGGUUUGGUGGCUGCACGUUCUUCCUGCAGCCCCCUUUGGCAGUCUUCACCCAGAGACGUGUGGAGUAAACAUUGUAAGGGAGCUGGCCUGUUGUCCUUGUUUGGUUUUACAGAUAUGACAAAAUAGCUAGGAAGACCCUUGAAAACACACAAAAAGUGGAAUCCAUACCAGGAGUUUGUUCUGUAGCUUCUUCCUGGAAAACACGGGAAUGAAUGUUGUUGUUUUCCAUUUGUUUUAUGGAUUAUUAUUUUUUUAUCUUUUAACAUUUGGAAAUAAAAGUACUUCGUGUCUGUUUAUCUUGAGCAUUUUAAAUGAAUAUCGUGAUUGGAUUUACAUUUGAAACUUGUCGAGUAAUGUGUAUGGUUUUUAAAAAUAAAUAAUGUAUUUAGCCUACAA